CCGCUCCGUUACUUAUACAAAUAGAAGUAUAUCUACAAUUAAAUUGAGAGUUGCAAACAUAUAAUUUAUAUAAUUAUUAUUUUAACAUAUAGUUUUAAUAAUUUCAUUUAUAAAAUUACUUAUAAAAGUAUUAAAUUAAGAAAGAGUAUAAAUCUUUAUAAAAAAAUACCAUUUUCUAAAAUUUUAUGUUUCAUAAAAAAUAAUUAAAUUUUAAAUUUUUAUGGAACAUAUAGUUUCACUAAUUUCCAUUUUUUGUUUAAGAUUCUGUAAAGAUAUUUUUGAAAACAAACUUAUAUAGUUUUGGUAAGAUUUAUUUGUAUUAAAUAAAGUGGAUGAAAUAUUCAUAAGUAUUCGUAAAUAUUCAUAAAUAUUUGUAAGUUUUUUCAGAUAUUCGAAAAACCAGAUAUCCGUAUUUUUCCAAAGCAAAAUAAAUCGCAAAAUCAUAUAUCCGUAUGCUAUUAAGCAAAUCACAAAUACUAAAAUUUACAGUACUAUCCGCUCCAUGUCCACCCGACCACCCCUAAAAUUCAUACUCUCUCCUAGACAUCUCACUCGCUUGCACAUAAAAACAGAUGCAAUGUGAACUUGAUGCGUACAACAUAGAGCCAUGACUUAAGGCUUUACCUUGACAACAAGCUCCUAGCUUACUUUCAGAAGAAAAAAAGAAGCUCCUAUCUUCAAAGCUGCGAGAAACAUUAGUGAGAGAUGAUUGUUCGUAGAUUUUGAACAGUUUCUGGUUUUUGAUUUUUCCAAAACCCAUUUUUGACCCAAUCAAGAUUUUUGAGUUUUAGAUUUCCUAAAAUUUAGGAAAACUAGUUUUUAGAAUAACUACCUAUUUCUAAGAAAAAGCCAAUAUAUAUGUUGUUAAAAAAAUAAAGAAAAUAUAUAUGUUGUUAAAAAAGAAGAAGCAAAUAUAUAUAUUCUACUUGGUGCUUACCGUUUGACACUACUAUGUAAUAGUCACAAGUCACAAUCACAUACACAUAAAUAUAUGAUUAUAUGUGCAUAGUUUUGGAACUUUAGUUUCAACAAUAUAGUUCCAGCCUAUUUUUUUAUUUAGUAGUGUCACAUUUAUUAAAAAUAAUUUAUAAGAACCAAAUAUUUACAGAAUAAUCAAAUAACUAAUAUCUAAAAAUUAUAAUCAAUAUUAUAUAUAUAUAUAUAUAUAUAUAUAUAUAUAUAUAUUAUAGUUAUGGUAAAUUUACUAAAAAUUAUGUUUACACAUUUUACUUAAAGCUUAUGUACGGAUUUCUAAAUAUAUUCUAUAUACAAGUUUAUAAAAUAAAAUGUAUAUAUAUAUAUAUAACUUAUGUUUAAACAAAGAAUUAUUUUUUAAAUUUUUUGUUUAAACAUAAAAUUGUAUUAUUAUUUUUUUUGCUUUUUAAAAAUAAGCUGAUGUGUGUUUUGGUAAUGAUAUUUUAUAUUUUAUUAUUUCCAGAAUAAAUAUUUUACUAUUGAUUAUAUUUUCAUCAUCUAAUCUAUUAAAACUGAAGUACACUUGGAAAAUAACCCUUCUUUUAUUUCAAUAUUUACCAACUUGUGCUACUGGAAUUAACGAUAAACCUAAGGUCUUAAAUUCAUUAAGGCUGUUUUAGUCUUUUGCUUACAUUAACCUAAUCUUUUCUUAUUUGAUCGAUAUAACCUUAACCUUCUUGGCGACAAAGAGAACGAGUGAUGACGACGAGGACAAUGACGAGGGCGUUAAAUUCCAUUAACGGCGUUGUUCUGUUCACCACCUGCUGGUGGAGAGCUCAUCGGAGUUGACUAGCACGAGGCAGAGCUCAUCGGAGUUGUCCUGUAUUAUUUUCAUCGGAGCUCCGUAGAUCUCACCGUGUGAUCAUCUCUGUAACUCUCCCUGGCUUAUAUCUUCAUCUAUCACUCUUAAUCUUUCGAUUGAUUAGUCUCUCUGUAUGGAUCUAAGAUUUCAUGGUGAUUUUGCUUUUUUCAGUAAGACGUUUAGGCUUAAAGAACGUUUGUAUCCAUGUGUUGUGCCGUCUGAGAAAAGAGAAGUCCAUGGAAAGGUUUGAUUUUUAAUCCUUUUUUUUUGGGUAAACAUGUUAAAUUUAAGUUUGUUUGGAUCGUAAUUGAAGAUACUUUAGGAUUUAGAUUUUGAUAAAUUUUGGUGAAUGUUGGUAAUGAAUAUGAGAGAGUGACAGUUGGUGUUGUAUGUGGCCUGUAAAAAUUCUCAUCUCCAUGAAACAACAUUUCAUGAGAUAGAUUCUAAUGUUAUUUUAGAAGAUGGCUGUGAGAACAUUUUCCAUUUGGAUUAAAAAGGAUGAUAUCAAAGGAGAGUGGGAUUUCAUAUUUGUCCUUUUUUGGUAACUAAUAUAAUAAUAUGCAAGUGAUUAUUUGCACUACGAUUUCUCUUGCAUUAUUGUGUUAUAUAAGUUUUCUAGAGGUUUUUGCAUAUGUAUCUUGUGAAUGGUUUGGUGGAUGCCAAUGCUUAUGACUUCUUAAAACCAAUUAAAGAGAGUAGCAGAUUAUUGAAAUAAUUAAUCUGCUACAAGAAUAUACUCAGAAUUCAUGGUACUCUCCACAAGUGAUAGAUUUGAGAAGUCACGUGUAUUUUAGUUAUCUUUGCUCUCUGAUAAAUGAACGUCUACGACGGGUAAAUAGUUUCAAAGCCAAAACUAUUUGCCAUAAUGCUUGCUGAAAAAAAUGAAAAUUAACCUGUCAAAAUGAUUUUUUUUUAAAACAUAACUCAUGCGUGGCAAAAUAAUUCAUGCUUGGAAGUAAGCAUUUCUUGAGAAUAUGACACAUCUUUAGUUAAACUUAACAACCGUAUCUUAACCAUAACUAUACCUGAAUCUCCAUGUAGGUCCAUGGGUAAAAGAAAUCACAUAAUACACAGUAAAAUUAAACCAAGGAGAAGAUCACUACCGAACUUACCAGCAUGUGGGACAGUGUUAAAGUCUGGAAAUUGGCGGAUUCAGACAUGAAAUAUUUAACAAAAAUUCACAGGCUUGUGGAAAUUUGCUCUUAUUCUUCACAAAAAAUUCAUAUAGUUCCAUAAUCGCGCCUCUGCAAUGAAGAAUUCACAAAGAGUAUUUGAGGAAAACAAAAAGAAGCAAAGAAAUCUCAUAACAAGAGAAGGUAUGUGAACGACACCAGGGAAAACACACGGUUCGACUUUACUUUCACCGUUACUCUCAUCCCAUUUAGAACUACAACACUUUACUGCAAGAUCUGCAGCUAAGUGAUUAGUUCCAUUGAAAUUUGUAUGUAUUGUCAACCUUUCCAUGAUGUCACGUAAAGAUAGAUUUACCAUAUUUUUAAAAACAGAUGAAUGUUAAUUAAAGAAUAAAAUGCAAUGAUUAUUAAUUAGAGAAUAAAAGUGUAAUUAAGACAACCAUGUAUUUUAAAUUGUUUUGGCUGUUACAGUUCAAUUUUUAUAAUAAUAAUAAUAAUUAAUUUUAUUUAAUGUAAAAUAAAAUUACAAAAAAAAUAAAUAUUUUCAAUAACUUUACUAUAAAUAUAAUUUAAGAAUAUUUACUGUAUCUUAAUAAUAAUAAAAAUAGUUUAUAAUAUAUAAAUAGACUAAAAUAUUUAAUGUGUACAAACUGUAGAAACAGAAAAUAUUUCUUUCAUAUUCUGAAAGUGUUCUCUAUUUUAUUAUUUCAAAUUAUGAAUUAUUGUACCUAAAUCUUACAAGAAUAUAUUGGUAUGUGUUAAUAUCAAGUAUUAACAAAGUAGAUUAUGUAUAAAAACAUAAAUUGUUAUAUAUUUUUUUGAAAGAAUGUUAAAUCAUUCAUAUAAAUUUUUGUGUACAGCUUUUGUGACUCUGUUUCUUAAAUUUGAACUAAAAAGUUUUUUUAUCAAAAAAAGAAAAUUUAAGAAAAAAUUUUAAAAGCUGAAAUAGAAUCAAAGAAUCUCCUUGUGUCUACUCCCUGUUUUCAAACCACGGUUACAUUGCAUGGUUAACCUUCCACUUCCAACCAUGAAUGUAAUAUGGUUCCAAACCAUGCUUUCUUCAAUUCCUCUCCCUCCAAAUAGUUUGAAUGAAGAUUUGGAAAACAUAUCUCAGAAGAAACAUGUCAUUGCCAUUCCCUCCAUUAUUCGCUAACAGAUCCAGAAUGUUAUUCCAGUCCGUGGGGAACCAAGUACGAAGCAGAUUUUUGGUAAGUUUCAUCCAUGUUUCCUGAGAACACUGAAAACUGAAAAAGAAAUGAUCUCAUGUUUCAAUAUGAGACUGAUAUAGAACACAAGUAGCAUCGGUAUUAGAACAUUUUCAAAAUCAUACAUUAAUAAUGUCAAAAGAACACGAGCAGCGAUAUAAUAGAGUUACGCAAAAUAACAAAAAUAUAAGCAAUGUAUUUUGAAUGUUCAAUAUAAAACCAUAGCUUUAUAUAUAAAAAAAAUGAAAAAACAUCAGCGCGGGCGCGCGGGUCAAAAGCUAGUAUUAUUUUAAAAGCAAAAAGCAAAAUCUAAUAUCACCAUUCAUGUUUUACAAAAAGACUUAAAUCUACUGCAAAAUCAAAAACCAAAAAUCAAAAUCUACAAUCCAAAAACCAUAAAUUAAAAGCCAAAAACCAAAAACCAAAAUCUAAAAACCAAACAAACAAUGGUUCCUUUUAAAGUUUUGUAACUGAAGCAGUUUUUCUGGAUUUUCAUGUGCUUCCAAAUAUACCCAAUUACCCAUGUAUUAGCCAAUUGUAGAAAAAUGUUUAAAACUAAAUGGAAGCAAUUAAGACAGGAAAUGAGCUUUAUUAAUCUUGGUCAACACGUUGACUAACCAUUGUAAAAUGUCAAUGGCAGCAUAUGCAUAUCUAUACGCAACCAGCAAAGAAAGUCCUUAUAGAUCGUGGUCCACUAAAAUAUGUAGUUGUAAUAUUAAUCACAUGUCCAUGAAACAUUAUCCAUCAUGUUGAUGUAUGACUAAUACAAUCCCAAGUCUACCAACCAUUUGGAGAUAUUCUAAGAAGACUUCGUUAAACAAAGAGACAAACUGCUAAACUUAAUUAUUUAUGCAAUUUGAAAUUGAUUAAACUUUUGGUUGGAUUUUUUUAUAACAAUGUCACUUGUAUGAUUAUAAAUUUGCAAAAUGAUCAACUAGAUAUAUACAUAGUCAUUUAUUUAUUGGUCUAGACUUACAGCGCUUUUUUUUGGCAUCAUUUACAGCGUUAUAAGCUGUUUUUGGUUAAUGAUCAUAAAUGUACAUUACAGAUCAUCUGUUAGUGUGAUGUUUACUUGACUUUUAGAUCAUAUUCUGGAGUGCUGAAGGUUAGAAAUGCAUGUAUCUGUUAGCUUAAAUCAUGUAGUUUUUUUAUACUAUAAUUCAAGAUGUUCGAUCUAUAUUAUAUAGUCAAAGGCUUUCCAAGCCCCUAAUCAUUGAUGUAUCGUAAUUCCACACUUGCACAAUACAUCACACGUACAAUACAUGAAGUGUUGUUGUUGUUGUUGUCAAUAUACACGAAGUAAUACCAAAAAUGUAUUUUGCAUUUGACUUCAGAUCCAACAACAUUUUGCGUGAUAGUAACUAUGUAUAUAUAUAUACACAUACAGUAUAUGCUUUUGUUGAUAAAAUAAGGUGCAUGUAAAAGUACAAGUUAUAAAUUCAAUAAAUUAGUUCGUUUGAGAUAGACUUGUAACAUGUUACAUGUUUACAAGAAAUUUCAACGAUGUUCUUUAGCAGCAACGUCGGCCGGCGGUGGGUCCACGAUUUCGGCUCCAAACCUUAAUAGUGUUUAUUUGUUGAGACAAUGAUGUAUAUACCUAAACAUAGGCGUUGAAGUUGAAUUCUUUUCUAAUUACUCGACAUUAUUAUUCUUUCUUUUUUUUCUUCUAAUAAACGGAUGCACGAUUAAUUGUUUUUAAGUACGUGUGUUGGUAUUUGUUUAAAAGAAAAAUAACUACUCAAUAUCUAAUAUCUCAUUUCAAUUUGGUCAUACUUUGUUAUUUUAACUUGUUUGCUUAGUUCAAUUGGAUUGGCUGCUGAUCUUUCAAGAUUUCAGAGUUGCAUGCUUGUGUUUUCCGAUGGUUUGGAACAUUGCAACCAAAAAUGUGUACAUAUAAAUUGUAAAAAUAUUUAGUCUAAUCCAUUUAUGCACAAUGCUUCUUUACCCUUGGUCUACAAAACUUCUUUAAGCUGAUGUUUUUAUACUUUUAAUUUAUAAUUUUGGAAUAGAUCGCUAAAUCAAACAGGAGAUUAUUUCACUUGGAUUUUAAUAUAGCUUUAUAUUUGUAUAUAUGAUAUAUGUUGAAGAUAAAUUUUCGGCAUGUUAUUAAUAAUAUACAGAUUAUAUUUCUGAAUAUUAAUAUAAGAAACUUGCAGUUUUUGUGAAUUAUUUAAUUGGUAUAGUCAAAGGAUGUAUAGCUUGCUUAUAUAAAAUCAACAGUUCCCAAAAUAAAUUAUGCAGACCUUUCAAAAAGCUAAAGAAUAUCAAAGGAGAACAAUGGAGAAGGAAGAGUUCUUGAGGAGUGGUCAUGGAAGAGAAGAAAGAAACGAGGAGAUGAGAAAACUUGAUUCUGAUCAAGAACACGACCAUAUUAUUAGAUCCAAGUUGGACUCAAUUAAAGUCGAAAUGGAGGAGGCUAAAGAUGAAAACCGAAGGUUAAAAUCAUCAUUGAGUAGGACAAAAAAGGAGUUUGAGAUCCUUCAAACACAGUACAACCAAUUAAUGGUAAUAAUACAUGAAGACCCGAAUAAGUUCUCACCAAAAGGCUAUAAUCAACACAAAGAAGAAGAUGAAGACAAAGAAAGAACUAGCGACCGUGAAGAACUUGUCUUGUUGAGCCUAGGUAGACGGUUAAAAUCACCGGUUCCAAGUGGCUCAAUGACAAAUAAAGAAGAGAAAAUGAAAGACUUCAUGAAGGAAACCGAUGAUGACAAAAGAAUUAAUGAACAAGGGUUAAGUAUGGGAUUUGAAUACAAAGAUUUGAGUAAUCCUAGUGAGAAGUUAGAGGUUGACCAUAAUCAAGAAAAGACGUCCUUGGAGGUUAGUAACAGUAAUAAGAUCCAAUCAGAGAAUAGCUUUGGGUUUAAGAAUGAUGGAGAUGAGCAUGAAGAUGAAGAAGAGCCAUUGCCUCAAAACAUUGCUAAGAAAACUAGGGUUUCUGUGAGAGCAAGAUGUGAGACACCGACGAUGAACGAUGGAUGUCAGUGGAGGAAAUAUGGCCAGAAAAUAGCUAAAGGGAAUCCAUGUCCUCGAGCUUAUUAUCGUUGUACCAUUGCACCUUCUUGUCCCGUAAGAAAACAGGUGCAAAGAUGUUCAGAAGACAUGUCUAUACUUAUCUCAACUUACGAAGGAACACACAGCCAUCCACUUCCCAUGUCAGCAACCGCCAUGGCCUCUGCCACUUCCGCCGCAGCUUCCAUGCUCCUCUCCCGAGCCUCCUCCUCCUCCGCAGCCGAUCUUCAUGGCAUUAACUUCUCUCUCUCCAGCAAUAGCAUCACUCCAAAACCACUCCUCCAAACUUCUUCAGGCCAUCCCACCGUCACUCUCGACCUCACAACCACCUCCUCGUCCCAACAACCAUUCUUAUCAAUGCUCAAUAGGUUCAGUGCUCCUCCUAGUAACGUCCCAAGAUCUAAUAGUUACCCUUCAACCAAUCUCAGCUUUUCAAACAACACCAACACUUUGAUGAAUUGGGGUGGUGGUAGUAACCGCAAUGAGCAAUACCGUGCACCUUACGGCAACAUUAGCACCCAUCAACAAUCACCUUACCAACAUAUGAUUCAAACCCGAGCCGCUGGAUUAUCAUUUGACACAUUUGGAAGAUCUUCCUCAUCGUCUCCACAUCCCACACAAAACAGUCUUGACAACGUCAAUUUCAAGAAUAUUACUCAUGAUCAAGUGCAAUCUUUACCGGCGGAAACAAUCAAGGCGAUCACGACAGAUCCAAAUUUUCAAUCGGCCUUGGCGACUGCUUUAUCUUCCAUCAUAGGCGGCGACCUAAAGAUAGAUAAUGUGACUAGAAAUGAAGCCGAGAAGAGCCCUUAAAGUAUAUGUUCUCAUACUUUGGUAUAU